CUUCCGCUGAUACUUGCCUAGCCAGCUGCAAAUCAACUUUGCCGGCGAUAGCAAUCAGACAUGGCCGGCAAAGGCCCACAUUGUUCAUUCGUUCUUCUUGCAGAGUUUGAUAUUGAUAGUGGUGCUCAGCUCACAUAUCAGUUUCCUCAGCCGCUGGGAACAGACGAGGGUUUGCUCGCAAAUCUUAUGCUUCCAGAUGGGGCAGAGAGGCACCUUGAAGAUUGGACCAUCUUCUUCCUCAACCAGACGCCGUUCAAUACCAUUGCUCCAGUUCUUGCUUUGGAGACAGAAUCGAGUGACAGUCAAUCAAAUGGAGAGGAUGGACGCCCGGAACUGCUGUAUGUCCUCAACUUGGUGCGGACGAAGCAUGACAAGUCGGUUCGGAGAGGUGCCGUAGUAAAAGCGAUGGCUAUCUGCACACGGCAUCCAUUUAUCCAAAUCUUCAAGCCUGUUCUCCUUCUAGCGCUUGACGACUAUUUUGCAAACCCGUCCCAAGAAUGUCUUGCGCGUCUAUUUGAUGCGAUAAACUCGAUGAACAUUAGUGCCGCCCCUGCACUUACGCGAUGUGAAAAGUUAAUUAUGCGCGCCUCAGAGCGCAAAGACAUCUUUGCGGACAAGUUCUCCAGUCAUAUACCCCCGCUUCCUCUCAAAGCUGCACACAAGACGACAGGCUCGAAUGGCUCACACUCAUCUGAAGACGGCGUUCUCAUCGGCUCUCGCACACGCUCUACAACAGCAGUCUCUGAUCCUAACCCCACACACCCGUCCUCUCCGUCGGACAGCUCGUUCAGCCUUGGGGGGAGUGCGGUAUGGGUGAAUGAUGACAGCGCCAUAAUUGAUGGUCAAGUUGGUGUUGCAAUAGGUGCAGGCCCAGGAAGUGUCGUUGGCGCUUCAGUGAGCGGCGGCAGUGUUCUUACCAGCCGCGGGCGGCGUAGCACUGAUACAAGCUCGAACUCGAGCCACGCUUAUAGUGGUGGCGCAAUACCCACAUCAUCCGACCCACAUUUACGGUCGGGGAUGUCCAAAGAUACCCAUUUUUUUCAGACCAAUAUCGCAUACAAAGGACACACCCUGCCAAUCAAGCUGCCUCUGGCCACCUUUCCAGAGGAAGUCGGAGAGUAUUCCCUAAUUCAAUUAAUACAAACGUUUUCUACGCCUCUCAUCACAAUCUCCGGACCGCUACACCCUCAUCUACACACGAAUGGAAGCCUCACGCAUCCAAUAAUAAUUCUCUUUAACGCGCUUGUUACUGGCAAGCGCAUUCUCUUCCUAGGACACAAUAUCCCCGCUGGACAGGUCGCCAAUUACGUCCUGUCUGCUUGCGCCCUUGGUUCUGGAUGCGGUGCGGUGCUACGAGGAUUCAUCGAGCGAUCGUUCCCUUAUGCAGGACUCGCGGGCGGCGAGGACUGGGUUUCAACGCCGGCAUACAUUGCAGGUGUAACUAAUCCUAUCUUCGAAACCAGUGGAUCCUGGGAUCUUUUGAUGGACAUCGGCACAGCUCGUGUCGUCGUGCACAAGGAUAUUCACCUAUCUUUCCCACCGACGAUGGCCCCGCCUGCGCUUGUCAACCCAAUGAUGCCACGCCCAAUAAAGGCAGAAAACUCGACCGGGAGCGAGGAUGACAUCCAGCGUAUCGCGACUCGAGACGGGAAAGACGGGAGCCAAAAGAGCGAGUUCGCAGCAAAGCCAGACUGCUUGGAUAACAUGUUUAUCGAGGAUCUAAUUUCAGCCAUCACCUCGCAUUUUGGGGAGACGCUGGUGCGGAUGCGGUUUACGGAGUAUGUCGCGCGCUUCAUUCGGCUGGCGUCGCGGUACGAGGAGGUCGCCUCGGGAUCGACGAAGCUUGGGUGUGCUAGUGCUCCGUUUGUUGACGGGUCAUUGGGCAGCGGUAUCGUGUUUCCGGAUGACGUAGCUGCAUUUAAGGAACUCGCUACGAACGCAAGCCGGAUUGAGGGUUGGCGACGGAGCAAGUCAUAUCAAUACUGCGUCGAGGAUUUCAGAAAAUACCGGGCAACCGCUGCCAUCCAGGGAUUCGACCUAUCGCAUCAACUUUCAAAACUGCGGCUGGUGAAGAACUUACCGGAUGCGGAAGUCGAGCUCAUCGUGCGUUCGAUAGCAGACAGCUUGCGGACAUAUGAACAAGUAGUCGAGCUGCUCGCUUACAUGCCACCGCAUGCUGGAGGAUUACAGCCUCUGAGUUUUUGCCUGUUCCACCACCAGGAAUCUAUUCGAGAAGCCACUGUUGAUAUUUUCAACGUGCUGCGUCAGAACCCCGUCGGGGUUAUUUUUCUGCAAGCUCUGAAUCACUUCCAGAGGUAUGCCUAUGUUCGGCAGGCGCACGCUCGUGAAUCACGCGUGAAGGAUCUGAACCAUGGUCUGGCCCCACCCCCUCACCUCGUAUCACGGACGCCGUCCAACCGCAGUGAAGUCAGUCUAGGGGUAAUAUGAACACACGAAUAAAAAAUACUCGCCAGUUUGCAAGUUCUCAGUCUAUGUGAACUUACGAAAUACACU